AGGGGGCUCGUUGACAGCCUCAAGGAGCUUGACAAGCUCAAGGCAAUUCAUCAGAACCUUAAGUGGCUUUACAAGCACGAUAAGAUCAGCCCAAAAGCCUUACAUGAGCUGCGUUUGGUAGCGGAGGCCUUGGAGGAGAAAGUGCUGAAGCCAACCAACCUUGCUGGGAUUGUGUGCGAAAGCUACGCGGUAUUCGUGACCUACUUCCAGGAUAUCCUAAGCACUGAGAGAAGACCGAAGCCAAGCCCAAAGGUGCAAGGAAGGGCGUACAGGAUCCUCACCUUCCUCAUGGACUAUGACAAUGUACUUUUCAGUUAUUUCAUGCGGGACACUUUUGAAGCCCUCUCUGAGUUGUCACUGAACUUCCAGAAGGACAGCCUGACUGUAUGUGAUGCUGUGGAAGCCCUGGAGACAUGCUCACUGAAGUUAGUGGACCUGCAGUUCCAACCAACUGAGGGGAUGCAGGAGGUCAUUGAUGCAGUCUCAGAAACCGGCCUCUUCCGAGGGACUAAACUCAAGUAUGUCAACGAAGGGCAGAUUCUCUUUCUCCAGAAGAAAGUGAUAGAUGUGCUCAUCAAGCACCUGGAGAAAAGAUUCCAAGAUCUCCAGAAAGGGAGUGUCCCUUCAAAAUGUGUCAUCUUCAACCCCAGUCAGUGGCCCUCUGACAGACAGGAGCUGGCUGCCUAUGGCAAACAAGAAUUUGCUGAUAUCUGUGAGCAUUAUCAGCCCCUGAUGGACGAGCACAGUGUUACAACUAAAAUGCUGAAGUCUGAGUUAAUCCUCUACAAGAGUUAUGCAACAGCCCGCACACUUCGAAUGCCACAGAUCUUCUCUGGCAUCCUGUGUGACACUGAGAGAUGCAAACAGUGUAAGGGGCUGUCAAUACUGUUUGAAGUAUACCUUGUUCUGGCAAUCAACACUGCAGUGUGUGAGCUGGGGUUCAGCUGCAUGAAGAGGGUGAAGAACGACUGGCGUUCCUGUCUGGGUACUGAGCUGCUCAUCCGCCUGAUGUUUUCCUCCAUUGAGGGCCCCUCAAUGGACAACUUUGAUGCUGCCGGAGCCGUGGAGAAGUGGUGGACCUGAGGAAAUAGGACUCGUCGCCCUGGCUUCAACCCGUGGCAGAAGGAGCAGGAGCAGGAGAUAGUGGACGACCUCUAUGAAGACCUGGUUCUUAUGGAUCAGG